AUGUAAUAAGGCAGGAAAAUGUAAGAAGGGAAAGGUAAGUUAUAAAGAUGUAUGAUUUGGCAAAAAGGAAUUUAAGGACAAAAAUUCUAAAGAUUCGAAAUGCAACAAAAUAGAUAGGCUGAAGAUGCGCAAAAAUAAAAUUGUAAUUUUCAAAAAAAGAGGGAUUAUCAUAGAAAUAGAAAUUUAUAUGGAUGCCUUCUCUGUAAAAGAAGAAAAAUAUUAAGAAAUUAAGAAGGAGACUGUUGUAAAAUAUGUCUAGAAGAAAACUAGCGGUAAAAGUUUGAAAUAGUUAAUCAUAUACAAACUUUUAAAAAUUGGGAAAUUAGAACCAUCCAAGAAGAGUUGCGCCAAACCGAAAACGUUUUUUUAUAUUAAUUACUGAAAAGUAAGAUUAGCUUAAAAAUGAAGUUGAUGAAAUUAUGGUAAAUCCUAGAAAGUAGAUUCGAUUAAAAUGCAUAAGCAAAUUAAGAGAAAAUUAGGUAAAUGUUGAUUGAUUUGAUACAAAAACUUAAGGCCAAUCAAAUCUUAAAUAUUGUAUAUUGA